AUGAACAUUGCGCCGACUCUGCGGAUUGACAUUCUUGGAGAAGGCUACACCAUUACCGAUCCCGUCAACAUUGAAGCCAUCCUGAGCACCCGUUUCGAGGACUUUGGUUUAGGUUCUCGCAGGAUGGGACUUAUGCCUUUGCUGGGUGAAGGUAUUUUUACGCAAGAUGGACCUGCUUGGCGCCACUCUCGAGAGCUGCUGCGUCGCCAAUUCUCGCGGAUCAGGGACUCCGAGUUGACGGCAUUCGGAGAGCAUACUGACAUGCUUCUUCGUGCCCUCGCGCACGAGUCACAAAAGUCUGCUGUUGUGGAUAUACAGCCUCAUUUCUUUGAGUACACUUUCGGCACCACUACACACCUUCUCUUUGGCGAGCCACAUCACAACCUGCCUGAGAAGGAGCGGCUUGCUCUCCGCGACAACUUCGACUACGCGACCUUGAUCUCAGCUAUAAGACUUCGUCUUGCCGACCUUGCCUGGCUUUACACACCAAAAAGAUUUCGAGAGGCUUGCAAGGGUGUUCGGGACUGGGCCACCUUCUUUUCUGAUAAAGCACUAGAUUUCAUGGAGGAACAUGGCGAGGAAGCUGCCAUGGAGAAAUACUCUUUCAUAGUAGACCUCUGGCGGGAUACGCAUGACCGAAACAUUGUUCGGGACCAGUUGUUACACGUCCUUAUAGCCAGCAGAGAUACAACGGCUUGUCUUCUUAACUGGACGUUGUAA